UUGUUUUUUAUAUAACGAAAUUAUAAAUGAAAAUUACUUUUUAAGUAAAUCAUUACAACAUUUAUCAGUAAAACCGAUAUAUUGUCAUCAUAAGUGCUAGAUACUAUUGCGGAAUAAUCAACCAAGACUUUUUAAUGGUGUACAAUGGAUGCAGUGGAUAACAAUCAAUUUGAAGUGAAAUCAAGUAAACGGAAAAUUCAAAGUGGACCGAACGUUUACCUGAACCCUGGUCUCGACUUACUCGCGAACGAAGACCCCAUGUGUAACACAGCCAUGGAAAUAACCCCAAACAAGAGACGUAAGAGAACGAAGAGUGAGAUUGUAGCCUUCGAAAACACUGCUCUUGACCUAGGUAUUAGUAAAGCAGCGGUCAAUGAAUUCCUUCAGAGAGAACUUAAUAAUGUACGCAAGAAUGUCAAACAUUACGAGUCUCCAAUCAAAUUAACAGAAAAUCCAACUAUUUCUAAUCCAGAACCCAUUUAUGCCAAUCUUUCCGAAUUGGCUAAUGAACAAAAUAAUUUUUACAAAAACUCUAACAAUGCAGAAGUAUUACCAACUAAUAUUGAUGACACAAAUAUGAAUACAAUAGAAGACGAAAUUGAAAUAGAUUCAGGUAUUUCAGUAUUCGAUAGCAAAUUUAACACAGUUACAAAUAGCGAGCUUGUUAAUAAUGACAUUUCCGCUAUAAGUAGUAACACGACAAACAUACAAACAAAUGUAACGAAUCAAAUAUUCGUUAAUAAUUCAAGUAAUUUAAGUUUCAUAGAUAGACUUGUACUUGAUUCACCCGCAACAUCUAAUCAAUCUCUUUAUCUCGAUGACGAUUUGAACGAAAGUAAUAUUAUGGAGAUUAAAACAAUUACUAUUAUUACGAAAAAGAAAAUAGUACAAAAUAAAAAGAACACCAAUCCUUUCUUAGAUCCGAAUUUAAAUAUAAAUGAUAUUUCCAGCGAAAACCCAUUCUUAGACGAUAAAUCACAACCGGCAUUAGAAUAUAAUGUUGAAUCCGUGAACAGUUUCGAUAAUAAUGUUCCUAAUAAUUUGAUACCAAGAAAAUUAUUCGCGAGUGACACCAAUAGUACAAUAUCAACUGUGAAUGAAUCGUCACUUAACACUGAAAAUCAUGAAUAUGAAAAUAUAGACAGUUACAGGUCUGAAAGUCCCAUAUACGAAAAUAUUGGCGACGAUAUAUCUGACAUGUGUUAUAAUAAACAAAGCAAAAUCCUUGGCUACGAUGUGUCCCACUUUAGUGCGGUUGAUAUCAUGAAUUUAAAUAAAAAAAAUCAAAGUAAUGAAUCGAAUGAAUCACAUGAAAGUAAAAAAGAUUUAAAGCAUAUACUUAAAGCGAGUAAUAAACUAUCUAAAAAAGUCUUUAAAACUUUGAAGAAAAAGUUAAAAGGUGACAAAGUUGAACAAAAUACUACAAUAAAUCCAUAUGAAGUACCGCGAAAAGCUCCAAAGCAGAAAUCAGAAAAGAAAGAAUCGGGGAUUGAAAAUCCAGGACUAAAGUUAGAUAAUUCUGAUGAAAUUGAAAUUGAAGAACUUGAAAAUGAACAUGAAUAUGAAACAAUAAAAACAAUUAGGAAUACAAGACUAAAUACAAAUGUUACUCCGUUGAAAGAAAGAGCCUGUGACAGCUUUGACAUCUCGCAUAACAAGACUUACACACCUGGUAAGAAAGUGAGAUUCGACACUACACUAAAUAGACAGAAGAUAAUAACUGGGGACAGUUUUAAUAGUGAACUCCAAAGUCCAGGGUUUGAUACUAAGGUUGAAAAAUAUCAUGACGAAUUGGAAAAUUGUAUUAAUGAAAGAAAAUUCCUUCAACAAAACAUGUAAUAUAUGUGCCAGCUUAGCUUGUUAUGAUGCAUUAA